AUGCCGCUAGUGAACAGGGAAGGCAUAAACGGGGACCAGGGCACUGUACUUCUACACGAGUUAACGCACAGUCCUGCGAUAUAUUAUCCUGGCACGCUCGAUUUGGCUUAUGGCUUCCAUAACACGACGGAGCGAGUAAAGACGACCGAGGCGGCGCUGAACAAUGCAGAUUCUUUCGUGAUGUUCGCACAGGACAUGCUUUACAACUCCUACUCAUUAAAUGGGCAAGUAGUGGAUUGUUUCCCUGAUCCAUCUCAAUGCCAGGCGAUUGGCGUUCAGCUCACUGCCGCGGGUAACUCCGCCAUCAAGGUCGUAGUGACGAACAACGGCGAUACGGCUUUGAACCUUCUCAGGAGAGCCACUCUCUUCGAUGAGAAGCUACCCGUCGAGCGCAUCUCGAUGUUCGCUAGCAACAGUUCUAUCAAGGUUCCUUUCGAAGGCAUCAGCGGGGUUCACCUUGAUACCGACAACCUAUCCACAGACGACUUCCUUGUUCUUGGAGCUGGAGACAAGAAAGAGUUGACGAUUGAAGCUGCCUCUCUACACGAUCUCAGCAACGGCGGAAGCUUCGAUGUGUUCGCAAACGGCAUGCUGCAAUACGCCAACACCAACUCGACCGAGCUUAUUGGCCAUCUCGAAUACAGCUCCAACAAGCUCAGCAUCACUGUCAACGGUACCGAAGCGGCUACUCACAAGCCAGUAGCCGAACGUUGGGCCGAUCCCUACUUUUGCCGACGCUUCAUAGCUUUCAUGAAUGAUCAAAUCGCCGAGGCACAAAAGAAUUGUCAAAAGCUAGCAUUGGGAGCUGCAGCUGCAGCUCGAGCCGGCCACCGCCAUCUCGAAACCUUCUUCCACUCGCGAACACAAGCUACGAAAGAUGCGGUUUCUGCCCGAUACACCGCAAUAGCGCAAGAAUGCGCUAAUCCUAGUGCAAGCUUGAAUCUCUACUGUCAUGACCGUAUCGGCAAUUGUAACGGUAAUCUUGCAUACUACGCCCGGCUUGGUCUCGGCAUCACGUUCUGCGCUGAUUACUGGGACCUGCCGGCAGUAGCGAAAGGGCAAUGUUCAGCCAAGGAUCAGGGCACUGUACUUCUGCACGAGAUGACGCAUUCUUCAGAGGUGUAUAGCCCUGGUACCAAGGACUGGGCUUAUGACUACUGGCCUUCCGUUAAGCUGUCUUCCAGGAAGGCACUGAACAACGCAGAUUCGUUCAAGCUGUUUGCAAACCCCGAGUCUUAA